GCCGAGAGCUGGGUCAAUGCAUCAGUGCUGAGGUUCCCCACUGGCGCCGCGGUCAGGGUCAGGGACUGGCCGAGGCUGCGGGACUGGGGUGCGCACGCUUCGGUCCAUGCAGCUCACUCAUGGUGAUUGCCGCGGUCGUCAGAGCUGCCAUAGCUACCUCCCAUAAGUUCCGCGAGAUCCGCGAGCGCCUCCACCAGGACCUCGACCAGCACGGAGAUGACCAGACCUUGAUGGGCGCGGCUCGGGCCGUUCUGCAUCUGCCACCGCCUUGGUUGAAGAUGCCGCCCUUCGUUGAGACGUUCCACCAGGUCGUGUCCGCGGAGUCGGACCACCACCACUACCCGCCCGCGCCGCUCGCCCCUGCCCUCGAGGUCGCGAGGGCGACGCUCGCAGCGGACAAGCCAGCCCGCGCCCAGAGGCUGGCAUUCGCUGCUGCGAGGAGCGCGCUGGGCCCUGACGAGAUCGGCUCGUUCCCGGCGAAGCGGAUCCUGAUCGAGUUGCCCGGCCUCGAGGACGUCUUCAAGAAUGACCCCGGAGUGUUCGAUUGGGUGAGAGUUGCCAUGAGGAAGUUGCCGCUGUCGUGGGCCGCCGCGUGGAUGAGGACUCUCUUCUUCUCGUGGCUGACGUCGAGCAGGAUCAUCUACAAGCACUGCCUGACGUGCGGCCCGCUGGCUGCUGCCGUGGCGGCAGCGACCCGUGCCACCGUCAAGACCGAGGCCGUGGCGAAUCUCGGGCUGCUGGACACAUCCAUCGAGAGCAUCGAGCGGGUCGCGGUCGCCUGCGGCACCUACCACAUGCUAAGCAUGGAGCACAACGUCGACGCGGAGACCCUGUGUUCGACGGCGCGGGCGGCGCUGCGG